ACGAAAGUUAUAGAAAUGUUGGAAAAUUUGUAUAUAUAUAUUACAAGAACAUGAAAUAGUACCCCCUGUUUCUAAUAACCUACGGUUCUCAGCGGCACGCAAGAGAAAAUGUCGGUGACUCUGCAUACCAACCUCGGUGACAUCAAAUGCGAGAUCUCUUGCGACGAGGUCUCUAAAACGGCCGAGAAUUUUUUGGCACUCUGUGCUAGUGGCUAUUAUGAUGGAACCAUAUUUCAUCGAAAUAUUAAAGGUUUUAUGAUCCAAGGUGGAGACCCAACAGGUACAGGCAAAGGGGGGACCAGCAUAUGGGGAAAGAAGUUCAAUGAUGAGAUACGAGAGUCUCUCAAGCACAAUGCAAGGGGAAUAUUAUCAAUGGCUAAUAGUGGCCCCAAUACUAAUGGAAGCCAGUUCUUCAUAACGUAUGCUAAGCAGCCACAUUUGAAUGGAUUGUACACUGUGUUUGGAAGAGUGAUUCAUGGAUUUGAAGUCCUUGAUAUCAUGGAGAAGACUCAAACUGGAGCUGGGGAUCGGCCUCUUGCAGAGAUCAGGCUCAAUCGAGUGACAAUACAUGCUAAUCCACUUGCUGGCUAGGUUUAGUUCACUGCAUUUCUGGGUUGUAAGCAUGUGAACCAGGGUGGUCUCAGAACCUCUGUAUCUAUAAUCCAGUGAUUUUAGGACCAAACUCCUGGCUACAGGCUCUCUGUAAUUUUCCUUUUUCCUCUUUGAAAUAUGCAGCUGAAAACAUGAAAACCAAAAAAGAAAGAAGGAAAAUUAUAUUAUUGUGAUCA